CCUCCCUCCCUCUUCCCCAGGCUGGGCACCGGGGCCUGUGGCCGCCUCGUUAGUGGAGAGGAGACUGCCAGUCCGCUUCGGCGGGCCUGCGCGCCGCGCCGUUCUCAGGGCCUCCCUGCUGAGCCCCGAGACUCACGCCGAGAGGGACACGCAGUGACGAGCGGCUGAAGCAGCUUUGCGGUUUGGUAGUGCAUUCCUGAGCAUGAGUGCAGAAUGAAGCGACGUUUGGAUGACCAGGAGUCACCAGUAUAUGCGGCCCAGCAGCGUCGGAUCACUGGCAGCACAGAGGCUUUCCCUCACCAGCACCGGGUACUUGCCCCUGCCCCUCCCGUGUAUGAAGCCGUGUCUGACACCAUGCAGUCAGCCACGGGGAUUCAGUACUCUGUGACACCCAGCUAUCAGGUUUCAGCUGUGCCACAGAGCUCCAGUAGUCACGGGCCCACCAUAGCAGCAGUUCACAGCAGCCAUCAUCACCCCACAGCUGUGCAGCCCCACGGGGGCCAGGUGGUCCAGAGUCAUGCUCAUCCUGCCCCACCAGUUGCACCAGUGCAGGGGCAGCAGCAGUUUCAGAGGCUCAAGGUGGAGGAUGCGCUGUCCUAUCUUGACCAGGUGAAGCUGCAGUUUGGUAGUCAGCCUCAGGUCUACAAUGAUUUCCUUGACAUCAUGAAGGAAUUUAAAUCUCAGAGCAUUGACACACCGGGAGUGAUUAGUCGGGUGUCCCAGCUGUUCAAAGGCCACCCUGACCUGAUCAUGGGCUUCAACACCUUCUUGCCCCCUGGCUACAAAAUUGAGGUGCAAACCAAUGACAUGGUGAAUGUCACAACUCCUGGCCAGGUUCAUCAGAUCCCCACCCAUGGCAUCCAGCCCCAGCCUCAACCACCACCCCAGCAUUCUUCCCAACCUUCAGCCCAGUCAGCCCCAGCUCCUGCCCAGCCUGCUCCUCAGCCCCCACCUGCCAAAGUCAGCAAGCCUUCCCAACUACAAGCACAUACUCCAGCCAGUCAGCAGACUCCCCCGCUCCCACCAUACGCAUCACCACGUUCCCCACCGGUCCAACCUCACACACCAGUGACAAUCUCCUUGGGAACGGCCCCAUCCUUGCAGAACAAUCAGCCUGUGGAGUUUAAUCAUGCCAUUAACUAUGUUAAUAAGAUCAAGAACAGGUUCCAGGGCCAACCAGACAUCUACAAAGCAUUCCUGGAGAUUUUGCACACGUAUCAGAAAGAGCAGCGAAAUGCCAAGGAAGCUGGAGGAAACUACACCCCAGCCUUGACUGAGCAGGAGGUGUAUGCCCAGGUGGCUCGGCUCUUUAAAAAUCAGGAAGAUUUGCUGUCAGAGUUUGGACAGUUUCUACCAGAUGCCAACAGCUCUGUGCUUUUAAGCAAAACAACCGCCGAGAAGGUUGAUUCUGUGAGAAAUGACCAUGGAGGCACUGUGAAGAAGCCCCAACUGAACAACAAGCCACAGAGGCCUAGCCAGAACGGCUGCCAGAUCCGCCGGCACUCGGGAACGGGAACUACCCCUCCAGUGAAGAAGAAACCCAAAUUGCUCAGCCUAAAGGAUUCCUCUAUGGCAGAUGCCAGCAAGCAUGGUGUAGGAACUGAAUCUUUAUUUUUUGAUAAGGUCCGAAAAGCUUUGCGAAGUGCAGAGGCUUAUGAAAAUUUCCUGCGCUGUCUUGUUAUCUUUAACCAGGAGGUGAUCUCUCGAUCUGAGCUAGUACAGCUAGUCUCUCCCUUCCUAGGGAAAUUCCCUGAGUUGUUUAAUUGGUUUAAAAACUUUCUGGGCUAUAAGGAGUCUGUACAUCUGGAAACCUUUCCAAAGGAACGAGCUACGGAGGGCAUUGCCAUGGAGAUAGAUUAUGCCUCCUGUAAACGGUUGGGCUCCAGCUAUCGAGCCCUCCCAAAGAGCUACCAGCAGCCCAAGUGCACAGGACGGACUCCUCUCUGUAAAGAGGUUUUAAAUGAUACCUGGGUUUCCUUCCCUUCAUGGUCUGAGGACUCUACCUUUGUUAGUUCCAAGAAGACACAGUACGAAGAACAUAUCUAUCGUUGCGAAGAUGAGCGCUUUGAGCUUGAUGUAGUUUUAGAGACCAAUCUGGCAACAAUCCGGGUUCUGGAAGCAAUACAGAAGAAGCUUUCCCGCUUAUCUGCUGAGGAACAAGCCAAAUUUCGCUUGGACAACACCCUUGGGGGCACGUCGGAAGUCAUCCAUCGAAAAGCACUCCAGAGGAUAUAUGCCGAUAAAGCAGCUGACAUCAUCGAUGGUCUGAGGAAAAACCCCUCCAUUGCCGUCCCAAUUGUCCUUAAAAGGUUGAAGAUGAAAGAGGAAGAGUGGCGAGAAGCUCAGAGGGGCUUUAACAAGGUGUGGAGGGAACAAAAUGAGAAAUAUUAUUUGAAGUCUCUGGACCACCAGGGCAUCAACUUUAAACAGAACGACACCAAGGUCCUGAGGUCUAAGAGCUUACUCAACGAGAUUGAAAGUAUCUAUGACGAGAGGCAAGAGCAGGCUACAGAAGAGAAUGCUGGUGUACCAGUUGGCCCCCACCUCUCGCUUGUCUAUGAGGACAAACAGAUACUGGAGGAUGCCGCUGCCCUGAUUAUCCACCAUGUGAAGAGGCAGACAGGCAUUCAGAAGGAGGACAAGUAUAAAAUCAAGCAGAUCAUGCAUCAUUUCAUUCCAGACCUGCUCUUUGCUCAAAGAGGCGAUCUCUCAGAUGUGGAGGAAGAAGAAGAAGAAGAGAUGGAUGUAGAUGAAGCCACAGGGGCAGCUAAGAAGCACAACGGUGUUGGGGGCAGCCCCCCUAAGUCCAAGCUACUGUUUAGUAACACAGCAGCUCAAAAGUUAAAAGGGAUGGAUGAAGUGUACAAUCUCUUCUAUGUCAAUAACAAUUGGUAUAUCUUUAUGCGACUGCACCAGAUCCUCUGCCUGAGGCUGAUGCGGAUUUGUUCCCAAGCUGAACGGCAAAUUGAAGAAGAAAACCGAGAGAGAGUGUGGGAGCAUGAUAUGCCAGGCGUACGGCGAGACAAGAGUGACAGCCCCGCUAUCCAGCUACGUCUCAAAGAACCUAUGGAUGUUGAGGUAGAAGAUUAUUACCCAGCUUUCCUGGACAUGGUGCGGAGCCUGCUGGAUGGCAACAUAGACUCAUCACAGUAUGAAGAUUCGUUGAGAGAGAUGUUCACCAUUCACGCCUACAUUGCUUUUACCAUGGACAAACUGAUCCAGAGCAUUGUCAGACAGCUGCAGCACAUCGUGAGUGAUGAGAUCUGUGUGCAGGUGACUGACCUUUACCUGUCAGAAAACAAUAAUGGGGCCACUGGAGGCCAGCUGAACACACAGACUUCAAGGAGCCUCCUAGAGUCAACAUAUCAGAGAAAGGCAGAGCAGCUCAUGUCAGAUGAGAAUUGCUUUAAGCUUAUGUUCAUUCAGAGCCAAGACAAGGUUCAGCUGACCAUUGAGCUUCUGGACACGGAAGAGGAGAACUCGGAUGACCCCGUGGAAGCAGAGCGCUGGUCAGACUACGUGGAGCGUUACAUGAAUUCCGAUACUACCUCUCCUGAGCUCCGUGAGCAUCUGGCACAGAAACCAGUGUUUCUCCCGAGGAACCUGCGGCGCAUCCGGAAGUGCCAGCGUGGUCGAGAACAGCAGGAAAAGGAAGGGAAGGAAGGAAACAGUAAGAAGACCAUGGAGAAUGUGGAUAGCCUGGAUAAGCUGGAGUGUAGAUUCAAGCUGAAUUCCUACAAGAUGGUAUAUGUGAUCAAGUCGGAGGACUACAUGUAUCGGAGGACUGCCUUGCUCCGGGCUCAUCAGUCCCAUGAGCGGGUAAGCAAGCGGUUACAUCAGAGGUUCCAGGCCUGGGUAGAUAAAUGGACCAAGGAGCACGUGCCCCGUGAAAUGGCAGCAGAGACCAGCAAGUGGCUCAUGGGUGAGGGGCUGGAGGGCCUGGUGCCCUGUACCACCACCUGUGACACAGAGACCCUGCACUUUGUGAGCAUUAACAAGUACCGUGUCAAAUACGGCACAGUAUUCAAAGCCCCGUAACUGCAAAGCCAGAGCAGAUAACCUGAGGGGGGAGUGUGUGUGUGGGCAUGUGCACUCACUCACACUGGAGAAACAAGGAAGAUGCCUUUCAAGCCUCACUGGGCCUCUCUGGGACAUGGCCACCUGAUCUUUGUGUGGCUGGUGCAACCUGGUACCAAGUGGGCUACAUAUGAGGAACGUGGAUACCUUACAAAGCCAGAGCUGGAACUUUUCCUGAGGGGUUUUGGGCACUCGCCUGCCCUGGAGGGGAAGGAAGUCCCUGCAAGCACAGAGACAUGCUGCUUGCUUGCACACACUAGCAGAGCUGAGACUGGAGUCUCCUGUGGCCUGACCUUCGGUGAGGGAACCGGCUGCUGUUCACACUUUGACCGGAUGAGAGUGCAUUUACAAAGACUGGGGAAGGAUUUGAAGCGCAAAUGGAUUGUAACUCUGAUGGUCACUGCGCCUUCCCCUUCCCCUCAAAAGGAAAAAACAAACUGGAUUUUUAAUUUUUUUUUUUUUUUUUCUGGUCACUCAAGCACACCUAGAUCACCCAUUAGGUUUUAUCUGGGACCUGCAGUUUGGCUCUGGGAUUGAUCAUCUUGUGGAUUUGAUUCCUGACGAAUCUUUUGCUGACCACCCUUUUCUCUCUCUGGUUCUCAACCUCGACAAGUUCAACUCAGUCGUCCUUUUUAGCUCCCGUGGAACUGUUUUGUACCUGCUUCUUUACUAGUCUACCCUAGUGCCAUCCACCAGCUUUACUCUCUGACCUGCACACACACACACACAAUUUUAACUUUUUUUUUGUAAAUAAUGUACAUACUGUCAAUUUUUUAUUAAAAGAAAUAUGAUUUGAUGUGCUAGCAUAACUGCUCUAGCUUCUUGUGUACCAUAGUACUAUGUGGCUUCAGAUUUAGUACCUAUGAACAGAUGUACAAGACAUUUAUUACACUUUUUACCAAAGGGAGUUACCGUUGUAGUACUUUUGUGUAAAACUUGUCUUCUUCCUUCUCACCCUCAACUUUUUUUUUUUUUUUUGUAAAUAAAUAAAGCUUGGUUCUUACUUAAGGAAUAACUUCUCAGCCCAAGUCCCUUGUCCUCCCCAGAGAACUAUCAUGAAGCAGGGAUUUGGGGCUUCAACUCCUUAUCCAGGAUACAAACAGGAGUUUACUUUAAGUGGUUAACUGUUACUUGCACUUGUCCCAAAUCAAGGUACUCCAGAUUUUAAAAACAGAAUACAUCGUUCUUUUAGUACAUGUUUUUUUUUCCUUGUUUAACUGUUUUGAAAAUCCUUUAUAUUUGGGUAAGUUGUCAAGCUACAUAGUUUGUAUUUCUAUAUAUUUUUUCUUACCCUUAUUGGGAAUAGGAGUGAACAUCUUAAAUACCAAACCAGUAUUUGAAACAAGUGUGUAUAAGGUGUAUGGUAUAAAUGGGGUUGGGAGGGAGAGGAUUUGAUACAUUUCAUUAGCAACUGCAAAUGAGAUAUAUAUACAUAUAUAUUUUUAACUACAUAAAUUUAAACUGGCAGGCAUUUAAUAAUACAAAUGGUGAGGAUGUGUGUAUGUGGUCAGCCCGGACUUUCUGAGCAAAGACCAACUGGAACCCCUCCCAGCACUCUGGUGGACUUCUCUCCAGCAACAGUUGCCCUAGUCAGAGUAGUAAAGUAACCAAUGGUGUUUUCUGUUUGUUUGCUUUUUAAUUAAAAAUUACCACCACCACCAAAAAGAAAAAAAUUGGCACCUGGAUUCUCAAAACACAUGGUAGACAGCUCUGUGAUCUUAGGCUUUUUUCUUCUUUUUCAUGUAGGACAGAAGACUCAUGUAGGAAAAGAGUGUAGGGUGGCAAGAAGAGCCAGCCAGAUGGGACGAGGAGAUUACAGGGCAAAGCCGGGGAGGUGCCCAACCUGGGGGUGGAGUGAUGAGUACUGAUCCUCAGAUGUUCUAGCAAUAACUCAUCUACACUCCUCUGAUCCCUCUAGAAGGAUCAUGUUGACCUGGAGCCAUGUGGGAAGUUGAUGGGGCCUGGCCAGGGGCAAGCCAGCUAUUGCUGCCCUGGCAGUGUUAUGUCCAGAGGGUUUGUUUGCCAAGUCAGGAUGGGGUUUCAGGGCAGUUCAAAACCCCAACCCACCAGUGCAACCAACAGAAGGGGGAGCUUCAUCAGCAGCUAGGGUUUUCAUAGGUAGCAUUUUUCAUCCUUCCUGCUGUCUGACAUCUGAGCUCCAAGCUCUAAUAAACCCAGCCUGUAUUAUAGCAGAAAGUUAUCUUUAUUUUAAAUCACGUUUUGUAUUCUGUACUUAACCUUCCUGUGUGAUUUGCAUUUGAAAUGUUGUAAACUUGGUCAGUAUUUCCAUUAAAAUAUCAGGGCUUAUGUUGUGUA